UGGCAAUGACCCUAAUCAGGGAAGGGGGAGUUGCAAGAGGGGACGCAUGCUCAGUGUGGCUGCGUUGAGUCUCGCCUGCUUGCUGCAGCUAUUUCCAAGGGUCUGUCACAUAAGCGAAGAGAAAGAUCAGGCUGAGAAGACAGCUUGAAUUAUUGAUGAGAGUAAUGGCGUUGCCGUCUGUCUGGAGCGUGAUGCGUGUGGCGAUCCCGUUCCUUUCGGUGGUUGGCCUACUAAGCGUGAGGCUUGCUGGGGCCAGCCAGGACUCUGGGAGUGUCAUUCCAGCAGAAAGUCGUCCCUGUGUUGACUGCCAUGCGUUUGAGUUCAUGCAGAGGGCGUUGCAGGAUUUAAAGAAGACGGCGUAUAACCUAGACACACGGACAGAAACCCUCCUCCUGAGAGCAGAAAAGAGAGGCCUCUGUGAUUGCUUUCCUGCAAUACACUGAAACGAGCACGGGGAUUUGGCCAAUGGACACUUAUUCAUUUUUGAAGUUCUGUUCAAUAAAUUACAGGAAGAUCUAGAGUGCAAGUUGUGCCACACCACAAGGGAAACAAUUUUUAUCCGAACAGGUACAGCUCAGUUAGGCCGUUCUUGCUUUGAUGUGUUUUAUCAUUACUGUAUGUGAUAUUGCAUCUGCUGAAAUGUCAAAAUAAGGAACAGUGCCAAAGUGUCACUCAUCGGUUUUAUGUAAGGACAGCAUCUCACUUUUCUGAUAUUUCAAGCCAAAUAUUGUCCUUAGAUUCUCAGGCCAGGCCCUCAGCACAUGUAAAUCACCAUAGAUCUGUGAAAGUCAGUGGAGUCUCAUCAUUUCAUACCAGGCAGGAAAAGACAUCUGAAGAUAUUUUUUAAAUAGUUCCUUAUAUAUUGAAUGUUAGAAUGUGGCCCUGACAUAAAAAGAAAGCUAUUUUGAAAUGAUGCAUAGCUGAAAAGUUACUUACAAGCAGUCAUGGUUUUAUAUAGGAAUUAAUAGUUGUCAUUGACUACUUGGCAGUUCGAGGAAGGUAUUUGUCCACAAUUGUAGAGAUUGUAUCAAUAGUCCAGUACAUAGCAAACACAAUAAUAUACAUCACAGCAUUAAUUUCUUCAGAGCCACACAGUAGCUGUGAUCAUUUUGGAGGGAUUUAUUAAAUACCUAAUGUGAUCAGUAACAUUUGUAAUCACGUGAAUACUGCCUGGCAAUUGAACUGGUUGUGUCUGCCAAAAUCUUCUGGAAAAGUGUCUUUCAUUAAGCAAAUCACAUACUGGGUUGAACCACUCUCACUGGCCUCUACAGAGAGUUUUGGCAAAGAGCCUACAAAAUGCUUUCGCACCCAGAAGUCUCCUGCAAACUGUCUGCUGGGAACAUUUAAGCUCCACGAAAACAAUCCAUAACUUUUUCAUGAACUUUAUACGGGGAAGAAAUUCACUCCAUAGUCAGGGGUUAAAGUGCUGAUGCUGUUAAUAUCCCUGCUACAAUCAGAAGGAGAUGAGAAAACAGAACAGUUCAGGCAGUGUAGCAGUAGACAGGAUUUGGCCUUGUUACUCUGGGGAAAAAAUAGCAGAUCCCUUCUCAUUGUUUCACUUUGUCCUUUUGGGGAGGGGAAGGGGGGGCCAGGGAAGAAGAGCAGAAAAUGGCCCCGAUGAAAAAUUCCUGUAGACAAUAAAAGAUUUUUCAUAGACUUAAAAUAUCACACCCAACAAAAGUGGUUUUCAAAGUUAUUUUAUCCACUUUUGUUAAUAUGUCUAUUUAUCUUCCCAUAACUGGCUAAUAUUUUGCUGUCAGGCUGCUCAGUAAGUUAUGAGGGUAAUCAGUAACAUUUUAAAAGCAAACAGGCUAGAAAUAUUUAUUUUAUUAUCAUCCUUAUUACACAUUUAUGUGCAUCUCCUGACUUUGCAAACUGGCAUGAGAGGAAGAUCGCUAAGCUUAUUUUAGGGGUUAUCAGUCCCUUGAGCUGUGGUCUAGCAUCAGGUUCAUUCAGUAUUUCUCUGUGUGUAGUAGGAAGGAUUACAAAAGCAACAAGCCGUAGGAGGCAUCAUGUAAACUAUUUCAUGGGUGGUGAACUGGACUCAUCUGAGCCCCUGUCACAAGGCAGCCUGUUAAAUACCUAGAAAAUACCCUUGGAAAAAAAAACAGUAAACUGGAAAGACUUGGCUGCAGUAGAAUUUUUGGCUACGUCAUGGAGGAACCUUAAUUUUGCAGUGCUUUUUAUUCAUGAGGGGUGAAAUGCAGCCCCAAGCUGAAUGCAAAUGCCAGGUCCGUGUAUUACACAAAAGCCUGGCGACAGAAUUGGGAUUUCAGCGAUGCAGCCAUGUUGUCUUGGCUUUCUGCACAGGGCCGAGCGGCACCCUGUCUGACAUUUCUUCCAACGACCUUUACAGGACAACAUUAUCUUAGAGUUUAUGUGCCUCCCCAGAGAGGGGUGCAGCUCACCAAACAUGUACGUCUUGAUCUUAAAGGUGACCUGGCCUCCUUCUAGAGCUAGUGGAAAGAAAGAGAUGUUUUGGGGCUUUAAGUCACAUGUCCUGUUUUAAGAUGGUUUCUUUGUGGUAAGAUGACUGGCACUUCAGCAGUGCUGAAUUCUCUUCAUGAACUGUAAAGGGAAUCCAAGGCAAGGUGGAGGUCAGCUUUGGUCAGCUGAAACCCCCCACCCCAAUGAUAUCAGCGUAAGGACAGAGACUUUAUGAUGGAUUUGUAUGUUUUCAAACCUCCUCUCACCCUUUUUGUCCCACUAUGGUGGGCAUCAGGAACUGCGACCUACUGCCAAAUUAUUAUUUUGUUUGCAGACAUACUAAAUAUCGCAAAGGAGUUCAUUAUCAUAUGCUCUGCCAAAGCUAUUUGAAAGGCACGUGGCUCUCAGCAAGGAAAAGCUUCCCUACACCUGCAUUUCAAGUAGGAAAUCCGCUUUGUCCUUCCUAGUAGUCUAGAAAAGUUCUUUAUACGUCAUCAGAACCCAAUAUUUAUUGAGGGUGUUCAUGCAGCCCUCAAGUGCACAUUUCCCCCCACACAAAUACAUGCCAAAUCAUGCAGUUUGUAUAAAAGAGAAGCAACAUGAUAGACCAGCUCAUCAUUUCUAGUAGGAUUGCUCUCCACUGUAACACUGGUAACUGCUGGGGAGCGAUAGAGGUUCUUACAACAGACCAGGUUUUAUUUUAGUUAAGUAGUUAAAUAGUAGGUUUGGAGCAACCCCCUUGCAAAACACUAACCUUAGGUUGCUUUCCUCCCACUGAGAUCUGAACUUAAGCAAUGCACAGAUCUUGACUUGGCUUUUUGCAGGAGGUGGAAUUCCAACACUGAAACUCUGAUUUUUCCAGCACAGCUCAGCUUUUGGGGAGGGCAACAUAUCUAUGGUUUUGUGUUGCUAGUGUGCAUGCUUAUUCUGCUGGUACCUUAAAGAAUCUUCGAAAGGCCUAUUAGCAAGCACUAUUUUGGGCUGUGUUUUUAUUUAGAAAAAUGGUUGCUGACAGUUGAUAUAUGCCGUUUAUUAUGAUUAAAACUGGAGUGAAUGAUGAGUGGAUGUUUUCUGAUUCCCAAGGGAUCAGAGUGACAUUGCAAGUUUACACCUGUGAUGGUAGCGAUUGUGUUAUAUGUACUCCUCUUUGUCUAUAAUAAUAAAAAGGCAAGAUGCAUUAUUGUA